AUGACGGAAUUUGGCGGACAGUGGAGCCAACUGUCCCACCAGGCUGAUGAUCAGGACUGGGAUGCUAUAUUUGAAAAUAGUAUUGCUCAAUCCCUAGCCUAUGGGCCGUGCCAGCGGUCCUAUGAUCCUACCUCCGCGCUUUUGAAUCAAGCCCUCGCCGCAUCACUGUCGUUACCAUCCGGCGCCUACCCCAACUAUUCUAGCACGUUAUUUGAACCUCCAGGUCUACACUCGAUCCAGCCACAGACCGCUCCUGAUACAGCCUACGGUGACAUGAUUGUGGCAGUCUACCGCGCACCACAAUCCAACAAGUACAUCUUCAGGUGCUGUGUUCCUGAGUGUAGCGGGACAACCGUCAGCCGCUGGCCGGAUUGGACAAGGCAUGACAAGGGGUUCCAUAUAGGCAAAGAGUCGUUCCUCUGGUGUCCUGUUCCAGGAUGCAAACGUAGUAACGCCGUCGGUAAUAAUGGAUUUCCCGAAAUCAGGAAGGACAAGCUGAGGGAACAUAUGCGGACUACACAUUACUCCGAACUUGAAGACUGGUUUUGA